AUGGAAGGGCUCGGGUAUUCUACAGUGGCGUCGGAUAAGGGGGCAGACAUGUUGGACCACCUGGCCGCAGUCAAUCCUGUGUCUCUCUGCGUUUCAAUGGCAUGCGAGGAUGAUGAGCAGCCAACCAGAGAAGGACGCGAAAGAGGGCCGGCACCCAAACGCGUCGCGGAGGGCUUGCCCUCAUUUCAACCGUCUGUUACGACUGAAGUGAUUGAAAUACCUGUCGAAGAAAGACGUUUUCAGUCGAAUAAAUCCGAAGACUUGGUUGCAUCAGAUCAAUCAAAAGUCUGUGCAGCUAUAGGAAAAAGUUUAGGUGUUAAAAUUGAGCUUACAACUUCCAAAAACAAGUCUUUGAACGCCAUUGUUACCGGCUUACCUGCACAGGUGGCGAAAGCCAAAGUUAUGAUCAUCCAGGACCUUCAGCAACAGGCGCAGAAAAUUGUUAAAAUUCCGUCAGAGUAUCAUCGUUUUUUGAUCGGCCCCCAAGGCAGACGAAGGCGCGAAUUGGAGGCUGCCACGCUGACGAAGAUCAUGAUUCCCCCUCCUGGGAGAAAUUCGACGGAUAUUGUAAUAACGGGAUCGCCUAGUAAGCUAGAUGCCGCCGAAAAGGAGAUACGUCGUGUUGUGGAUUUUUACGCCCAGCAAGGAACUGAACGUAUUUCGGUUCCUAAAAUUUUCCUUCCAUUUAUUUAUGGACCAUAUAACCGGACCAUAACGGAAUUAAAGGAGCGGACGAACACCAAGAUUACCAUUCCUUCUACUGACUCGUCAAAUUGCGACAUCAUUAUUACGGGAAAGAAAGACGAUGUAAAGAAGGCUCUAACAGAAAUUAACAAUAUCUAUCGAAUUCGUUCCCAGCGUUGUGCAACUAUCUCCGUUCCUAUACCACCCGAAAAACACUGUCUUGUAGUAGGGCAUCGGGGAUACGGCUUAAGUGAAAUAUUUGAAAAAACCAAUGUUGUUGUUGAGCCGCCUCAAAAUCCCGAUGAUGAAGAUUUUGUGCUUCGAGGCUUUCCUGAGGACCUUGGUCGGGCCACAACGAUGCUUUAUCAACAGGCUUCUAGUUCAGCAACUGGGGAAGUCACGGCCCCCCAUCGUCUCCACAAAAUGCUAAUUGGCAAGAAGGGCGCAUGCCUUGCUUCGAUUUGUGAUGGUUACCAAGCUGUUCGUGUUGAAUUUCCAAUUUCUGGAGACAAAAUAAUGGUUAAAGGACCUCCAGAAGAAGUAUCGGUCGUUGUUGACCGUCUAAAUACAAGGGUUUCUGAAUUGAAUGACUCUCAUUUCCUCGACUUUGCUGUUGUCGACCCUAAAUAUCGUGCCAAACUCUUAGGCGAUGGUCCCGAGAGUCUACUUCAAUUUAUUCGCAACGGCCGCUUAAACGUUCGACUCCCAACCCCUUCAGAGUGUGAAAAACCAGCGAAUGAAUCGCAUAUUUUCCUUGAAGGUAAAAAGACAGACGUUGAAAUGGUCAAGAUUGAGAUCGCAAGGCUUGUCAAAAAAUGGCAAAAUGAAAAAGUGAAAGAUGUAAUCGUUGACCCGCACAUCCAGCGGCUACUACGCUCCGGUAACCCUCCUCCGAUUUUUCAAAUUGAGAAGGACUACCCUGAAGUUAAUAUUGUCUGGCCUCAGCUCCAAUCUGGGGUCAACGAAAAGCAACGCAACAGCCCAAGUGCUGGUAACAACACAACAGAAUACGUUAUGCAGUUGUGUGGUGUUCGUGAUCAAGUGGACGCCGCAUUCGAUAAACUUAGUAAACUUAUUCGGCAGAUUAAGGAAGAGAACCACGAAGAAGAGCUGCGCAUUUUCAAGGACUGCUUGCAGCGCAUCUUAGGCGCACCAAUUGUCAACUUGUUGAAGGAGACUAAAACACGCAUUCGUUAUCUUCCCCCUUCGACUGAUGGUUCUCAACCUGUAAUCAUUAUUGGUCGUCAAGAAGAUGUUGAUUCUGCGAUCUCGCGCCUUGAGAAGCUGCAGAAGUCCAUGGCAAACAUUGAGGAAACAACAAUUACUCUGCCUUCAUUGAUGUUCACUAAGCAGGCCGGCGACGCGGCCACACGAGGUGCUCGCCUUCGAUCCAUCCGCGAGCAGUGCGAAGGUGUUCAGCUUAAGUCCUCUCCAGACCAACCACGCCAACUCACCAUAUCGGGUCCGCCGGAGGCUUUAAAAAAAGCAAAAGCUCUUAUAGACUCGAUGUGCGCUAAAAUGUUGGAACGAUGUGCUGAUACUGUUGUCCACGCUGAUCCGAAAUUUCAUGGCCAACUUAUUGGUCGUGGUGGUGCCAGCUUAAGGAAGUUUCGUGAAAAGCAUGACGUCGAGGUACUAUUCCCCGAUCGCAUCGAGAGCGAUCCUAAGCGUGCCUCUGAAAUUCAUAUUAUUGGAGAGAAGGAGGCCGUCGCCAAGGCCCAGAAUGACCUUGAGGAAAUUAUUAAAGCUAUGGAAGACGAGGUUGACACAACCAUCAGAUGUGAUGGCUCUAUCGUCAAUGAUCUUUGGAACUACCGGAACGCAUUCCAGUAUCCCGAAUUGGAUCGUGUUAAGGUCAUAUUCCCUAAGGGUUCAAACACACCACCAACUGGUAAAAGGAAUACGGAGAUCGGCAACAGCCCACAUGAAGAUACCGUAAUUCGCAUUUUUGGCGCCAAAGGCUGCGUUGAGGAUGCCGAACAAUGCGUACUUGGCAUAAUUAAUGAGAUUAAACAACAGCAACAGCAAGUACAUCUUGUCACCGAGCUUAGUCAUUGUCAGGUACUUAGUCGCCUUCGUUCAUCUCUUCCUGAUUUUCAACGAAAUUACGGCGUACUCAUUCGUUUGCAGCUAAAUAAAGACGGCUUUCAAGAAAGUGACGAUGGGCAAACCGUUUACGGACGCAUAAUUCUCACCGGACAGCCCGAAAAAAUCUCAAACGUCUUGAAAAACGAAAUUAUUCCGCGGCUUCCAAUUUUGGAAGUAGUGCCGUUCCCACACGAAUUCUACGGAAUGCUUUUCUCCGUUGUGCAUCCACCGCACCAGCCGCAGUCGAAUAACAGACAGGGGCGGCAACCAGAACAAGUGCGUAGCGGUCAUCGCAAUCAGCGCGAACGCGGCGGUAUCGCAGUCGUCAAUUCGGGUGAAGAAGGCGACGCACCAAGAACCAAGUUGAAUGCCCUGCAGCGUAAAUACAAUGUUACCAUUACUGUCCCACCGAGGGCUCAGCAGGGUGUUGACCAACUUACCGUCCGCGGUGCCCCGGACGCUGUCGAGGCAUGUAAGGCCGAAAUUUUGGCCUUCGAGACCCAAUUGCAGGAAGCGAAAGCAGACAGGGAGGCUCGUAACUACGAGGAGUCGCUGGACGUUGAAGAGCGUUUCCUGAGCCGGAUUAUCACAAAUGAGAAGGACCGCCUGUUAAAGCAGCAUGGUGUAGCAAUCUUCACUCGUGGUCGAGGUGCUGCUGGAUCUCCAACAACAUCGAAUGGUGAGAAGGUAGAAUCAGCCGGUGCUUCGAUGCAUCAGCCGGUCAGGGAGCAUCUCGCAGGAUACCGUCUCGUGCGGUCUGCACCGGUGCCCCUAGUACUUCAGGGCUACAAGGAGAAGGUGGUCGUGGCCCGUCGCGAGCUGGAGGAGCUCAUUGAGAAGUUUGGUUCUUUCAGCUGCGAGGAACUGCACAUUCCCUCAAGGAUAUACGCUCGGUUGAUUGGAACUCGUCGAAACAACAUUCGUCGCAUCGAGGAGACGUAUAAUGUUGAAGUGGAGUUCCCGCCACGCGGAGUCAGUGGAGAGGCUGCUGACAUAGUCCUUGUCAUGGGGGCUCCAUCAGAUGUGGAUCGCGCGUGUGACGAACUUAUCAAUAAGGCCAACGACUUGGUGAGUUGGUGGUUAUGA